GUGAUGUUAAGAUAAAUGUGUCUAUAAAAGCUGAUUUACCGUUCCUGUAUCUGACCUGAAAUUUCCUGAUUCAGAGCUGAAAAAGGUGAUAAUUAUCUAUCAGAAACCUGCAGUCAUGAGGAUCCUGACUCUGCCUUUGGUUCUCUGCGGUUUGAUGCUUCUGAGCAGCAUUAACGAGAUCAGUGGAUUGAAAACUGAAUGCCGUAAUGGCUGGAAUCUAAUAAAUGGACGCUGUUUCAAAUAUGUUCCAAGCCGUAUGACUUGGGCUAAAGCUGAGAGAAAUUGCAUUUCCAUGGGAGGAAACCUUGCAUCUGUGCACAGUUCUGAAGACUACUAUGACAUCCAGUCAGUCAUUAGGCGUGUCACACAUGAGUUGAAGGAAACAUGGAUCGGUGGCUCUGAUGCUGCUGAGGAAGGUAAUUGGUCUUGGACCGAUGGGACGCUGAUGACAUUUACAAACUGGUGUCCUGGAGAACCAAACAAUGCUGGUAGGCGCCAGCACUGCUUGCAAAUGAAUCACUCAGGAGAAAAGUGCUGGGACGAUUACGGAUGUACGGUCAAGCUACCGUCUGUCUGCGUUUCUAAAAACUGAAACUGGGCUGAGCUGAUGACAUGAAGAAGCUUCUACAUCUUUUUAUUUUCUAUCUAUGCUGCUUGAAAGAUGUGGCGGCGCAGCACAUCAACAGAGGAACUCUGUCUUGCUUUUCAUUUGAUCAGACCAAAUGUAUUGUAAAUUAACAGCUUUAUGUACUUUCUUGAUUAAAUUUUCAUUCUUGUUCUUUGCAAAAUUAAACAGCAGGCAUCAAAAUA